AUGGGUUGCUUUCUUGCUUGUUUUGGUUCCUCCAAACGCACAAAACACAAUCGCAAGAGAAAUGCUUGUAGCAAGCCAGUGCAAGCUAGUGUCUCUUUGGUUCAGGAUAACUCCAAAACCGUUCUUAGCAUUGCAUCGGAACUUCAGGAUAAAACUGAGGAGCAACUAAGUGUCAGUACCAGAAAGAAAGUAACUUUUGAUUCCAAUGUGAAAACCUAUGAGCCUGUUUUGGAGGAUGAGGUUGCUGAUUUCCCAUCAGAGAGGAAGAGUGAAGAAGGUGGAAAGGAGGAAGCUUUGGCAAAACCAAGCCAAUCAAAGUCUUCUUCUUCUGAAGAUAGUUCAGUGACUUCAACUGGGUCUUACCCUCCAAACCAUAGGUACCAGAAUUGCCUGGACAGUGAUGAUGAUGAAAUUGAUUAUGGGGCUAGUGAUCUUAGUGAUGAGGAUGAUGAGAUCAGAGAGGAAUAUAAUGAAUUGGGUGAGGACUUUGUAGGAGAUGAAAGGUCAAGAACUGGUUCUGUUCAUGUGUUUGCUGAGGAGGUGGAGUGUCCAAUCCCAACUUGUGAGAGUGAUCUGAAGUCAAUUGGGUUCAACCCCAAUGCUAGAGACAGAAGUGUUUAUGUUCAUCCUGUGCUGAACCCAGUAGAAAACCUCACUCAGUGGAAAAUUGUUAAGGCUAAAAGAACGCCAACAUUGAGUCCUCAGAAAGAGAAUUGCCUUGGUGUCAAGGAACUAUCUUUCAGCUUGAAUUCAGAAAAUGACACAUCAAAGAAGUUGAAGCAGGAAAUCCCAGUAGAUGCAAGCCUCUCAAAUUGGUUGGUUUCACCAGAAACUAAACCUGUUAACAAGGCUGGCUCAGUAGCUUCCUAUGCUGGUACCCCUGACAGGAGCACCUCACAAGGUUCACAUUCUGUGAUAAGCCACGAAGAUAGACCUAUUUUAGGUGCAUUAACAGUGGAAGAGCUCAAGCAAUUUUCAGCUACUUCUUCACCAAGGAAGUCACCUAGUAGGAGUCCAGAUGAGAUGCCUAUUAUAGGCACUGUUGGUACCUACUGGAAUUUUACAGGUUCUGCUGAGGAUUCUGGCUCAGUCUCUUCCUUUAAAGGAAUUCCAAACACAACGAGCAAGUACAGAGAGGAUAAGAGAGUGAACUGGCACGCAACCCCAUUUGAGACGAGGUUAGAGAAAGCUUUGAAAAGAGGUGCUGCAGAAGCUACUUCUACUUAUGUUCCUCGUGUAUUUUAG